CCGGACGCCGGUCGGCGCGCAGGCUCAGGUUGCUGCCGCUUGGAACUUGAGGAGCGCUUCUGUGGCCACGGCCUCGGCCUCUGGAUCGGGUCCGUCCGGCCGCGUGCGACAAACUCGAGUGGGAGCAGGCGGAGGUGCGGCGCGGCCCAGGGCCGCAGCCUUCGCAGGCGCCCGCCGCCAGCCGAGCCUUCGCAGAGUUACUCCAUGCAUCCGGAGCCUGCCCCGCCCCCGAGCAGCAGCAAUCCCGAGCUUCCCUUGAGCGGCGGCAGCAGCACCAGCGGCAGCCGCCGGAGUCGCCGCCGCAGCGGGGACGGGGAGCCCUCGGGGGCCCCACCGCUGCCGCCGCCGCCCGCCGUCGGCUACCCGGACUGGAUCGGCCAGAGUUACUCCGAGGUGAUGAGCCUCAACGAGCACUCGAUGCAGGCGCUGUCCUGGCGCAAGCUCUACUUAAGCCGCGCCAAGCUCAAAGCGUCCAGCCGGACCUCGGCUCUUCUCUCCGGCUUCGCCAUGGUGGCGAUGGUGGAAGUCCAGCUGGAUACAGACCAUGACUAUCCCCCAGGGUUGCUCAUUGUCUUCAGUGCCUGUACCACGGUGCUGGUGGCCGUGCAUCUGUUCGCACUCAUGAUCAGUACCUGUAUCCUCCCCAACAUUGAGGCUGUGAGCAACGUCCACAACCUCAACUCAGUCAAAGAGUCGCCGCACGAGCGCAUGCACCGCCACAUCGAGCUGGCCUGGGCCUUCUCCACUGUCAUCGGGACGUUGCUCUUCCUGGCUGAGGUCGUGCUGCUCUGCUGGGUCAAAUUCUUACCCCUCAAGAGACACUCAGGCCAACCAAGCCCGACCAAGCCCCCUCCCGAGUCAGCAGCUGUCGCCAACAGCAGCGGCAUCACCCCGGGUGAGGCGGCAGCCAUUGCCUCCACUGCCAUCAUGGUCCCCUGUGGCCUGGUUUUCAUCGUCUUUGCCGUUCACUUCUACCGCUCACUGGUCAGCCAUAAGACAGACCGGCAGUUCCAGGAGCUCAACGAGCUGGCAGAGUUUGCCCGCUUGCAGGACCAGCUGGACCACAGAGGGGACCAUUCUUUAACACCCGGCACCCAUUACGCCUGAGUCUUUGCCUUCCCACUGGCCCUGGGGAACUUUCGAGCUUUCGCCUUAACGCCCUUCCCAUGACCUUGUCCUGGCCGGAUCUAGAGGACAGCCUACGCAGGCGGCUGGGCUUCACCACGGCAGAGUGUGGAGGGAAGAGGCUUUAAAAAAAAAAAUCACUGCACUAUGAGACUUUCUUCUGUGAGAAUAAGCACUCCCUGUUCUUCCAGCUCUGGGUCCCCCUCCUGGUAGGAUGUGGGGGUGGUGUGGGACAGAUGCUCUUUGUCCAAUUCUCCUCCCCCGCACCAGUGCCACCCGGAUGCUUCCUGUCCUCCUUCUCAGCCUCCUUCCCAGUUCGUGUGAAUGUGUGUGUGUGUGUGCGUUUGUGCGUGUGUGUGUGUGUGUGUGCGCGCGCACUCGUGGGCGUGUCACAUAAAAUAUACACACAAGGGACACCUCUUCUCGUGUCUGCGUUUCUUGGGUCUAGACUGUGAUAGAAUGCCCUAGUCAAUUGAUCUUUCUGAAAAUUGAGGAAAGGGGCUCAGGGGCAGAACACUAGCUUCAUGGGGCCAAAGCCUUGGCCUCAGACCACCAGCCUUGACAACAAUUGUGUUGCUGGCCAUGGAACUCAGGACUUGACCCGGCACUCUUCCACUGAGCUAUACUCCAAGACAUGUAACUUUGCUUGGAUAAAAGACGCCUUUGUGGGGUGGUGGUGACAACACACACACCUGUACUCCCAGUACUGGGAAGGCAGAGGCAGGCGGAUCUUAACAGCACUUGACUGUGCUUCCAGAAGACCCAAGUUUGAUGCCUGAUAUCCGUGUUGUAGCUCACAACCAUCUGUAACUUCCAUUACAGGAGAUUCAACAGCCUCUUCUGGCCUUUAUGGGGACUAGGCACACAUGUGUUCAUAGGCAUGCAGGCAAGGCAAAAAACACACACAUUAAAGAAUUUUAAGAGUCCUGGGUGGUGGGUGGUGCACGCCUUUAAUCCCAGCGCUCUGGAGGAAGAGGCAGAGGAAUCUCUAAAGUUUGAGGCCAGCCUGGUCUACAGAGCAAGUUCCAGGACAGCCAGGGCCAGACAGAGAAACUGUCUUAAAAAAACAACAAAAAAUAAACAAAAGACUCAAGGCCAGAGAGAUGGCUCAGUGGUUAAGAGUACUUGCUGCUCUUCCAGAAAACCAAAGUUUAGUUUUCCAGCACCCACAUAGGACACAGCUCACAACUGCCUGUAACUUCAGCUUCAAGGAUCUGAUCCCCUUUUCUGGCCUCACUGGGCACCAGCAUACAUAUGACGUAUGCUCACAUAGAUACACAGCUAUUCUUGUUAGCUUAAAUAUGACCUAAAAACAAAGCUAUUUCUUUACAUAGCCACAACUCAUUGAUCAAAUUAAAAAAACAAAAUGAACAAAACUUAAGAACAGAAUUUUAAGUAGCCAAGGCUGACCUUGAACUUGUGGUCUUUCAGGAACAUCCAGUGUCCAGGUGCUGGAAUUAACAGUUUUGUGCAGCACACAUCCACUUAACAGGAUGCGGUCAAACCUAGGGCUUCUUCUAUGUUAGGCGAGUGUUCUGCUUUGUCUAAAUCCUCGGUCCAGAUGCAGGAAAUUGGAUUUGGGUUCACUGCAGUCACUUCCUGAUACUCACGUUCCGUUUCCUACUUUAGGACCACCCUUUACAGCAGCCCGUUUCUCCACCCCAGGUAUACUAGAGUUGUCGCUUAAUGUCUACCUUAGUGUGGAACAGUCGCUUGACUUCUGCCUUUUCCAGACUGGACCUUUGGGAGUUUUAUUAAGAUGGUUUCAUGUAGCUCAGGCUCACCACGAACUUGCUAUGUAAUGGAGAAUUUACCUUGAACAGCUGAUACUCCCCUGUUUCCCAUGUUCUGGGAUGACAGGUAUACCACCAUACCAGGUGGCUUGCAGAACUGGGGACAGACAAACCCAGAGCUUCCUGAAUGCUAAACAGGCUCUCUAGGGACUGAGCGACAUCCCAGGACAGGCUCCAAAGCUACACAGAGAAACUUGUCUCAAAAAGCAAAACAAAACAAUUUUUUUUUAAUGUUCAUGUAUGAGUGCUUGCAUGUAUGUAUAUAUGUGUACCACAUGCAUGCCUGGUGCCUUUGGUGUGCAGAAGAGGGGGCCACAUCACCUGAGACCUGGACUGCAGUUGUGAGCUACUAUGUAGGUUCUCGGGACAAAACAUGGGUCUUCUGUGAGAGCAGCUGGUGCUUUUAUCACUGAGCCAUCUGUCCAGCCCAGAGCUUUUUUCCAAGGGUAGUUUUACAGAAUGCCGUGUUAGUUUAGCUUCUUGAUAGUUGUAGCCAUUACAUGUGGGGGUGUUGUAAGUACUGCGUGCUGCUCACUGGACCCUCAGUGUUCUCAGCAUGAUAAUAUUCACUGCAGGAAACAAAGUUGAUGCUCAAGGAAGCUAAUGUAGCGGGCCUUUGUGUCAUGUGACCAGGGAGGGACAAAAAAGGCGACUCAGGACUGGUGUCAGCUAGCGGUCUCGGACAUUUCAGUCCGUGUUGAUGAAGAGGGUACGACAGAGACAUUAGUUUGUGUCACUGCAGCCAAGAGUCAAACAAGGGGACCUAGGAAGUGACCACAGCGAGAUCCAGUCCCCGGGGAUUCACAUCCAGUGGCUUUCCCGUCAAGCGCCACCUCCCAUCCUUCACCACCUCCCAAUAAUGCUGUGCAGAGAGCCACGACUCCCUGCCAUUGAUUAGGUCAGAGACCUUGUGAGCUAAUCGUCUUUGGAAAUGCUCGCACAGACCCCAAGGUGCUUUACUAAUCCCCUGCGCUUUUCCUAAUCCAGUGAAGUUGACAGUGAAGAUUAAGCAUCUAUCACAAUAACUUGCCAGAACUCAAACCUGGAAGGUGCCUCAGAGCUCAGGGCCUCGAAAGAAUCUUACCCAGGCAGGGUCUGGCGUUGCCUGAAGAAUGGGAAGGUGCAGGGGCCCUGGGCCUGCCUUGCAGGGCUACAGUGAGCAGGGUCUACCUUUACCACAGCUCUCACCACUCCCUGUGGUUCACACUGGGCCACCUGUUGUUACUUCCCUUGGGCUAUCGGAUGGCUCAGCAAAUACAGGAGCUGUCCAUCUGAGUUCAUAUCCCGGAACCCGCAUGGCAGAAGGAGAGACAGUUCUCACCAGUUGUCCCCUGACCUCCACACAUGCAAUAUGGAACUUGCAGACACGGUCACAAUAAACGUAAAUUUAAGGACAUUACGUCCCUGACUCCCACAGGCCCUGAGUUUGAGAUGUGUCUGCCUGGUUUUGUUUGUCUUCUAAUGGUGCUGAGAAUCAAAUGAAGGGCAUCGUGCAUAACAAGCAGGCAUCCUACCACUGAGCUGUAUCCCCAGGCCCUGUAAAGUAGCUUAGGGCCUAAUGUUUGUCAUGCUCCCAUCACUUCACAACCAUCCUGCAUCUCGGCAUCACUGCACAAGGGCCAUCCUCGAGAGAUGCUAGGUACGACUGGGGAGGGUCCCAAGCGCUACCUCUGCUCCCCAGAGAAGCCUGGCUAUCACUAAAUCACCUUCCUGCUUCUCUAGAGACCCAGGAUCCUGCUGGAAUUACUCCUGGACAAUGACUGAAAUCUAAUGUUUUGAUUCCUGAAUGUGUCUGGAUCAAGAAUCACCCGGCUGACUUGUAGAAUGUAGAUCCCCGAGCAUCGCCAUCCGCCAUGAGCUGAUUCAGGUUGGCGGUUGGUCUGGGUAGGUCUCUGGAAUCUAUUUCUAACAAGUACCCAGGCACCUGGAGUAAAUACUCCUUACGAGCCCCGUCUUGGAGCUGAGGUGUAGCUCAGUGGUAGAGCAUUGGCUCAGCCUACACCAGGCUUUGUGUUCUA